AUGCCGCGAACGAGAUCGGCAACGGGCGCCGUUACGGAAUCGGAGAAGACAGACACCUCUAAGGCCUCAUCAUCCAAGAUCCAGCUACCUCCCCGCACAGAGUCGCCGCCGAAACUCUUUGUCUUGCCGACCAAAGCCACCAAGGAUGCCGCUGUCAUCACACUCCCGCACCCGCGCCACGCGAAACCGUCGCGUUACCUUGUCUGCCCCGAGACCGGCUUCUAUGAGUUUACGAGGAUAGCCAGUCCGAAGAAUACACCGCGAAGUUGGCUGAUUGCGUCUGAAAGAGCCGACGCGACGACGACCGCCGGUGGCAGGCCGACCUCCUCUAUCGACGGCCAGGCCGUCUCAUGCGCGGACCUCUUCAUCGCGACCCCCAUGGACCCCAUGUUCCUUCUGCUGCCGUCUCUGGCCGAGUCGGUUGUCGGCAAGAACGUGGAGGGCCAGAAGCGCCUGUUCUUGUCUAGCGAAGACUACUUUGACAACCUGCCCAGCGAAUCAUCUCACCUGGGGGAAAUACUCAGGUGGAACAAGACAAGGGCAUUGCUCGAGUCCAGGAUGGCGGCCGUUUGCGACACCGUCGAGGCAGGCGACGAGCUGAUGUAUCGCCUCAGCAGGGACAAGAUCCUAGCAACCUGCCUGGAGAAGGCCAGGUGCCUGGUGGAGGGAGAUGCUCUCCCCCCCAGCCUGGAGAAGCAGUUUGUCACGAGGGUCCUGCAGGCCCCAGUGAUUAAUCAGAAGAGCGCCUCAAACCAAACCCGAAACGUGACGGAGGCUGCCGAGUCGGAUGAGCCCACAACUCAGCAGGAGCCCAAGACCAGCGGGGACUCUUCAACAGCCGCUGCCGACGGUGAGAGCGGAGAGGUGGAGCAGGCUAUCAAACCUACCGACGAGAUUGUCAAGUUGCAGAAGCUCAAGGUGGCAUUGGACCUGAUCUGCCAGAGGCUCGUGUCCCCAGAGCUUACGGCAUGGUUGAACGAGGGCCUGCGCGACCCCGGCGCCGGUGGCGUCAGCUUUGCGCCGCUCGACCAAUACUUGGCCAAGCUGGAAGAGCUGCGAGCGGAGGCAGUGGCCUCACGGUCCAUUGGCGACUACUCGUCCAAGCGCCUGCGCGACGAGGAGGAGGAGGAAGUCAGGGAGCUGAAGAAGAAGAAGGCGGACGAAGAGAAGAGGCGCAAGGCAAACGAGAGUCGCGGUGUGAGGGAUUUGAAAAAGGUCAAUGUGUCGGGCAUGAAGAAGCUGAGCCACUUCUUCCAAAAAAAGUAG